CUUCUCUUAAAUAUAUCUUGCUUAUAUGAAAAUUCAUUUAAAUGUGAAGAGGUUGAGAAGCACAGAUUCAUCAUCCCACCACGAUGUUUCAUUUUCCGGAUCCUUUGAAGCUCAAGACCAAAAGGAUUGUAUUUGAGUGUGUAUACUCUGUAAAUGACAAUAGCACACUGGAUCGACUGAAAGAGUUGAGCAACGCACGAAGAGAAGUAGAGGAAUUCAUAAAUGACGGAAGCAUUAUUGCAAAGGCUGUUGCAAGGGAAAAGUUUGGAGGGUCAAGUUCACAUUUGGAACAGGGAAUCCAGAAGUUAGAGAAGUACUUGCCUUUAUUGGAAAAUUUAAUUCAUCAUAGUGGAAAGGAGUCGCGGUAUCAGUGGGCAUCGAGGCUAAAGAUACAGUGGAGUAGUGCUCUUAGUGCUUCGUCUCUAUUCAGUUGUAAGGGUCACAAGUUUUUUCAAUUAAAUAGUUUGCUGUAUGAGCUCACUAUGAUGCGUUUCCUCUAUGGUGCUAUGCUACGUGAACAGGCGAGAGAAGUUCUGUCAAAAGACUUAGUACAAUCUGCCACACUAUUUAGAAAAGCUGCUGGAAUUUAUCAUUCUUUGGCCACUAAGGUUGUGUCCGAAUUCGAAGCAGCUACGUUGAUUACAGAAGAAAGACCUCCUGAAGCAACAUCAAAUGUGUGUUCUGUUUUGAGCCUUGUAUGUUUGGCUGAAGCCCAGGCUGUAACUAUCAGAAAGGCUGAAGAAAAAGGGAAUACGGAAAGUCUUCUGGCGAAGCUGCAUUAUGGAAUUGUACAGAUGCUAGAUGAAGCCAUAAUUAUUUUACAUAGAGCAAACAAGGACAGGAAAGAUGUAUCAACUAGCUUUCUAGAAUUUGUGUCAACUUGCAAAGCUCUCCAUGAAUUGAAAAGUUACAAGCACUUUGCAGACAGCCUAAAGACAGAUUCUGACAGUCAGAUUGGUAAUGCAAUUGGAGUUCUUCAACAUGCUCAAAAUACUAUACAGAAGAAUAAGCUUCCAAGCAAGGAGUCGUGGCGAUCAGUUAUUAAGCAUGAGCUUGAAACUGUAUCUGCACUGAUCCGUAAGUACGAACAUGAAAACAACUUCAUCUGGAACAAAAAGAUCCCACCCAAACACGAGCUGCCUUUCCCUGAAGGUAAAAAAAUCGUUGAUAUUAUACCCUAUGAACCUCAAAGACCAGAACAGAAAAUUCUUUUAAAACUGCAGUGAAUAUAAAUAGAAGAGCUGUUCCAGUUUGGCAGAUAGAAUUUUCUCGCAAUAUGGAGAAAGAAGCUGUUGAAAGUUGAUGCACAUACGUUUAUGUUAUCACCAUGUAGAAAGUGUGAUAAGUUAGAUGGUUAGUUGAGUAUCAAAGUUGUCAAUGUAUAUGUUAAAUGUCUUUUAGAUGUGCACAAACAGUUUUGUUGGUUUAAUCUCACAUUCUAUCGCUUUUCAUCGCGUGAAAGCCUCCUAUAUGAAACUGAGAAACUCUGUUUCUUUUAUCUUGUGCUUUUAUGAUCAAGUGUGUAAAGAUUUGGAAUGAGUUAAUAUUAUGAAUCAAAGUUUUUUAAUUUUGGAAUAGUAA